UUUCAUCGUCCUCCAUGCAGAAAGCAAUGGUUUUCAUACCUGAUGGAGCCGUGCAUAUAGUUUGAGCAUAGUGCGUGGGUGUGUAAUGGUGACUAAUCCAAUUUGCAGUCUUAUUCGGGAUCUGUAGAUGUCAGUGAGUCCUUAAUCUGUUGAAAGGGGGAGAGAUCCUUGCAGUCUUAAGCUUUUCUCUGUCUGCUGAUCCUCGUGGUAAUAGUUUUUUUUCCUCUUCUAUUCUUUGUCCCAAUGAAUACGAGGAGUAAACACACGAUCUUUCUCAUCUGUAUCCCAUACAACACUCACCUAUAAAUGUGAGAUUUGGGAAAAGAAUUAGCUUGAGGCUGUUGACAGCUGCUUGGUGGACAGGAAAGGGCUGGACUCACGUCGAUCUGUUUGUGCUCUACUCGGCUACUCCUGAUCCUCCUCUAUCCAUUCACUUAUUCCCAGGGCUUGGGUUGUUUGUUGCCAGGGGUUACUCUUGUUGUUGAGGAUAAUGUCGGAGUACAUGCAGCUUUCGCUGGCCCUGUGCAGAAUUGGAAUUUACACGUGUUUUCGGGCACUGUGCUGUAAAGGACCCCCACCUCCGAGACCAGAAUAUGACGUGGUGUGCAUUGGCCUGACAGGUGCUGGAAAGUCCAGCUUGCUGUCACGCCUCUGCAGUGAGAGCAGCGACGACAUCGGUCCUACAACAGGUUUUAACAUCAAAGCGGUACCUUUUCCAAAUGCCAUCUUGAAUGUAAAAGAACUCGGAGGAGCUGACAACAUUAAGAAAUACUGGUGUCGAUACUACCAGGGGUCACAGGGUGUAAUCUUUGUACUGGAUAGCGCAUCGUCGAACGAGGACCUCGAGGUGGCACGUAAUGAACUCCAUUCAGCUCUUCAACACCCACAGCUCUGCACACUACCUUUCCUCAUCCUUGCCAAUCACCAAGACAACCGUGCAGCAAGAACACCAAAUCAGAUUAAAAAGUACUUUGAGCUGGAGCCGCUGGCCCGGGGGAAGCGCUGGAUCCUGGAAGGCAGCAGCACCGACAACCUGGUGGCGGUGAAGGAGAGCUUCGCUCAGUUCAUUAACCUGUUGGAGGACAAAGACACAGAGCCUGCAAGGAUAUGAUGCUAAUGUUAGCAGACAUUAGUGGCUUACAAACACCACAUCCUGCUGCUGCCCACACACACACACCACACGCAGAAACACAAACAUGUACAUACUAGCAAAAACAACAGCUGUUGGCCUCUCGCUGAGAUGUGUGUAUUGUAGACUGUUUGCAGUCUCGUUUCUCAGUAGAGGAGUUCGCAGGAAUAAUGACGACUGCAAACGAGGCAGACAGCAGGUUUUAGCAAAAAAACAAACUUUUUUUAAUUGUAAAGUGGUUCACCACUGUUUGUGCCAACGUGAUCGGAUCAGACACCAACACCCGAACACACACCUACCUUUGCAGGAUGUUUGGUGAACUCGGUUGAUGUUUUCCCCUGAGAAGUGCUGUAGGACUGAGAGCCUCUGUCCACAGAGAUCCACCCACUGAAGUGCGCAGCCUUGUAGUUACACGCCAGUGUGUUACACUACGUCGAAAAAUCUAAUCUGAAUAGUGUAGCUGAGUAUGUGAUGGAGUAUUAUGUACAUAGAGACGCGUCCUGUGCUGUGCAGCUUCCUGUGCAGCACAAGGACGCGCUACUAGUUGUGAGACUUAAGUGCAAAGUGACUUUAUGGGUUCAUUUGGAAAAGUCUGAGGGCUUUAAAUGUAAAACUUAGCUUAUAUUUUAUGUGAACCUCAUAGAUUAACGUUUUAUAUAUAUAAAUACAUGUUGUGCAUUCAUCUGUCAUAUGAAUUUCUUUCAAAAUCACAGACCAAAUGUUAACGAUUGACAGAAAGCCACGGAGACAUUGAAGUGUUGAGGCCGUGCUCGUCUUUUGCUCUUUUACCUGUAGAUAUGAACGUUUUUUUCUUUCUUUUUUGAAUUGAACACGAUCCUUCAGCACAGGCCGGCGUCUGCAGUUUCUCAUCGGGGUGAAACACAAACUAUCAAUCAGCCGCAGGAACAGCUGCCUCUGACAAGCGUCUGUCCGACACCCUAAUGCCUUCCAACUGUCUGGAGACCCCUCCCUGUCUGCCGUUUAUCGCGCCGGACCCCCUAUCCAUCCGCUCCCAACCCCAUUUCUGCUCCCCCCAUGCCACCUCGGCCGCCGUGCCCCCACGUGGACCCCCUCCCCGAAAGUCGCAGUCGUAGUGCCACAUGGUCGGUCCAAACGUGCAUUUAAGAAACCAAAAACUUUUGACCUCUCUCUGUUUUUGUUCUGUACUUUGUCGGGUUUUUUAACACUUUGAUCACUUUUUGUACCUGAUGUGAGAAGUGAGUGGAUCAGCGCAUAUGUUGGCUUCAAUGCUAAUAAAUCUGUCGACAAGAAAUGUU